CAGCUGACGAGAGAUCAUGGACGGACCAACACUGCCAACUUAUUCUGGUGCUAUACAUCCAGAUAUGCAGAAGGAAAGAGAUUCUGCAUCAUUCCAGAGAGAUGAAAUGACUCUUCUUUUGUUUGAUGGUUCAGAAGCUUUGGAGAGGAAGAGAUACAUCGAGUCUAUCAUUGCAAGCGAUCCACAUUUUGACCAAACUGGUCGAUGUACGCUGAGCCCUGCUGAAGCCUAUGAUCUUUCCAUCAAAAGAUCUGUACGAUGGGUGGCCAUCCAAGAGAAGUACAACCUGUAUCAACCGGAUGAUGGAGCUGUCGUGGGAAGGUGUAUGAAUCAAGAUGUGGGACUGUUCAUCCACCAGCUGAUGUUCAUCCCAACCAUUGAAAGACUAGGGACUGAAGAGCAGAAAGCAAAAUGGCUGCCUAUCGCUAGACAGUACAAAAUAAUAGGAACCUAUGCACAGACAGAGCUGGGCCACGGUACCAACUUGAAUGGUUUGGAAACCACUGCCACAUAUGACGAGAAGGCCCAAGAGUUUGUUCUCAAUGCUCCAACAUUGACGGCAAUGAAAUGGUGGCCAGGAGGAUUGGCCAAGUCAUGUACUCAUGUUAUUCUAAUUGCCCAGCUAAUUGUUGGAGGAAAGAAACAUGGUCCUCAUUGCUUUAUUGUUCAAGUUAGAAGUCUUGAGACUCAUCAACCUCUCCCAGGUGUCACACUUGGAGACAUCGGGAGAAAGUCAUCAUUUGAUGCCAUUGGUAAUGGUUUCCUGAUCGUGGAUCAUGUUCGUAUUCCUCGUCUCAACAUGUUGAUGAAAUACGCUGAGGUUACUCAUGAUGGUGUGUACAAUCGGCGUGGUAACCCUAAGCUCACUUAUGGAAGUAUGAUACUUGUCAGGACUAAGAUUGUAGAAGCCGCAUCCUAUGAAAUUGGCAAAGCCGUCACCGUGGCAACACGAUACAGCGUCAUCCGCAGACAAGGUUCAAUAGACAAGAAUGGUCCUGAGGUUCCUAUACUAGAUUACCAGACCCAACAACACAAACUCUUCCCUGGCAUUGCUGCUACUUAUGCCUUCAAAUUUGUCAGCUUGCGUCUCAAGACGCUAUAUCUCAAAAACGAGGCUAAUCUUCAGAAGCUCAACUUCACUUUACUCCCAGAGCUUCAUGCACUGGCUUCUGGUCUGAAGGCACUUACAACGAGAGAAGCCACGCUUCAUAUUGAGACCUGUCGGUUUGCCUGUGGGGGUCAUGGUGUAAUGUUACAGAGUGGGCUCCCGGACAUGUACAACAAAUUUUCCGCUGCUUGUACCUAUGAGGGUGAGAACACUGUUCUACUUCUGCAGGUUGCAGGGUACCUGAUGAAGACGUUAAGUAAAGCGCAAGCAGGAGAAACCAUCCAGGGACUCGGUGCGUAUCUCACAGAGGAACCGCAGAGUAGCUGGUCAUGUGACCAAGCGGACCAGUCACUCAAUGCUCAACUCAUUAUAGAUGCCUACAAGCACAGAGCACAAUGGUUAACUCGUAAAGCAGGAGAGCAGCUUGCUCAGAAGAUGGGGCAAGGAUUAUCUCAACAACAAGCCUGGAACAAGUCUAGUAUUGAUCUAGUCAAAGCUUCUCAUGCUCAUACCCAGUAUUUCAUUGUGAAGGCUUUCUUUGAUGGUGUCCAGCAUGUCGAGGUAUCACAGGACACGGCAGCAAUACUCAAUACUCUUAGCUUCCUCUAUGCCAUCUAUCAUAUAGAACAAAACUCUGGAGAAUUCAUUGCCGAUGGGUACAUGUCCAAUGAGCAACUGAGUUGGCUACACAAUCACUACCUUGAUCUUCUUGCUGUAAUCAGACCCAAUGCAGUGGCCCUGGUUGAUGCUAUUGAUAUUCGUGAUGAGUUUUUGCAGUCUACGUUGGGGUCCUACGAUGGCAACGUUUAUCAGCGGAUGUACGACUAUGCCAAGACUAGUCCUAGGAACAGAACGGAGGUGCAUGAGACAUACUACAAGUACAUCCGACCUCUACUGAAAGGAAUGAUUGCCAAGCUGUGAGUAUGCUUGGUCUUGCCAGUGGAAGAGCUCCUCCAAGAAAACAUCAUUUAAAUCAUUUGAAACCUGUUAUCAAAAAUGUUGUGAACGUUGCUGGUUGCAAUAUAUUUCCAUGUUACCUAUGAACAAACAGGUGCAAAAGCAUUGAUUGUUUCCUGUCAAAUUAUGUAAUGAACAACACUUUAGAUGUGUGCUAUAGAAUGGUGCUACUGUAAAAACAGAGACUUUCACAAUUUGCACAAGAUGAUAUUUAUUGCAUUAAAAAA